AUGCCGUUGUCUACAAGAUGUUCUCACGAAGACGCGCCGUCCGGUUCGACAAUCAACCCACAUCAAGUACCCGAGUCGCAAUACCCCGUGCCGCUCUCUGCAGCGCCAGACGCCAUCUCUGAGCAGACCAGCGAUACUGAUGUCUUACAUGUAUCUCCACCGCCCAACUGGACGACCACGGCGCAGCCGACUUUUCAGACCAACGCCAGCGCCGGAUACUGCAGGAUCCCACACGCGCUCGCUUUGGACCUUACCGCACUCUAUUUUAGCCACGCCUACAAUGCCAGCCUGCUGCUCCACCAAGAGACAUUUUUGGCAGAAGUGAGGGCAGGUGCGGCAAAUCCUCACGUGCUGUUGAGCGUGUGUGCGUUUGCGUCAAAAUUCUACCGAGGACCCUCCGGCUAUCAUUCCUUGACAGAGGCAGGAUUCGGGCGAGAAUGGGCACGUUCUGCUGAGUCCAUGGUUGCCGCAGAGCUGGGAGAGCCUCGAGAGGAGAACAUUGUCACCUACAUCAACCUUGCGCUCUACUGGUACAGCGAGGGCGCGUGGCGCAAGAGCUUCAUCUACAAAUGGAAUGGGGUCCAAAUUGCAUAUGUCCUCGGCAUUCCAGCGGGGCGUCAAGAGCCCAAUGCGAAGCCACUCGAUGUGGAAGUGAGACGACGUCGUUUCUGGGCGUGUGCAUGCAUGAUGUUGUUUGGCUCCAAGGCCGAUUUCGCCAUGAACAACUUCUCCCAGGCCGCUGCACGACUCCGAACCCCGUGCCCGGAGAGUCAAUUUCAGGCAAUGGGUAAGACAAACGCAAGUGUGGUAAGAAGUAGUGAGCCCAGCAUCUAUGCGGUGCUCAUUGAUAUUCUGAUGAUCUGGAAUGACAUCUACUAUUCGGUCAAGAACGGCAACAAUCAACUCGACAACCUUCAGACCCUUCAUUCCAGAGUCGAAGCCUGGAACAGCUCGAUUCCCGGAGCGUGGAGGUUCACACCGACUCUCCUUGACUCCUCUGCGACUCAUUUGCCAUUCUACAUCCUUCUCCACAUCUUGUAUCAUCAAAGUCUCUGUACGCUGCACUCAUCCAUCGUCCCUCUCUUCUCGUGGGGUCAUUCGGAGCCGGGACUCAAUUUUGCCCGUCAGACCUCGGCCCAGGAAGCCUUUGAGCGAGCUUGCUCCGUCUCGACUUGCCUAAAGGCCAUCCUCCAGUCUUCCUUGAGCCCGGAUCGCAUUCCUAGUUUCGUCGGGUACGCAGCAUACGCGUCCUGCGCCGUCCAGAUCCCUUUUCGGUGGUGUACAGAUCCAGUGGUGCGGGCACGUGUGUCGGCCAACCUUGUGGCAAAUCUCAAGAUCAUGCAACAAAUGGGGCUUUACUGGCGAUUCAUUUCUCUUUUGUGCACCAAUGUCAUGGCCAUCUACUCGACCGUCGAGAAAGACCGGCCUGAUUUGCAUGGCGAGCCGAAAGUCUUGACUCCCAAUCAGCUGUGUAAUCGCUACGGUCACGGUCGUGCGCAUACCUCGAUCCUCAGUCACAACGAGAUCGUGUGGAACCGAGGAUCGAUGGCCGAGCGCGAUGCCGAAAUUGUCGAUCUUGGAUUACAGCCAAGUGAAAGCCAGCACGGAGCCAUUUCGUCCCUCAUCGAAGAAGUCUCAAAGAAUAGCAAUCCAGCCAGUCCACCCGGCAAUCCACUUCUAAUGCUGGAGCCGAAUAUGUUCGAUUCUCUGCCUGACUACAGCACCAACGAGUAUCUUGUUCCCAGCGAGCAGGUCUCGUCAUUCGACUACUGGCUUGAUCAAUUCGACGCCGAGAUUGACUUUAAUGUCAAUUCCAAACAAUAGCCUUAGUCCCUAAGGCUGUGCAAGGACGCGUGGGAAUAUGAUGUUGACAACUAGACAACUAGUGGUCACGGGGCUUCUUCGUCUCUUCAUUGCAUAUCAAAAGCACUGCUUUGGCUGGAAGAUCAAAUGGAUAUUUCACCCUGCAUGUAUCGGAACAUCAUUUCCAGAUAGCCAAAAACUUAGCCCAACGUGCU